AUGGCCCGCAAAUCCUCCAAGAAGCAAACGCGACUUGCUUUCGCCCCGGCACCUGCCCCGCAUUCAGAAGGCGGCAAUGAUGACGGCAACGACCGUUUCGCAAGACUCUCCUACGGCCACCCUAGUCUAUCAACGGUCAGAAACCCGGGGUCUCGUAGGGGUACACCCGUGUCGCCGAAAAAAGAAGAGCGAUCGUCAAAGUCGUUCAAGCGCGCGCAAUCUCCGACAAACGAAAUAAUCAAAGAGCGGAAGGAUGAAAAGAACAAGAAAGGCAAAAGCAAGACAGAGAAGAGAGAGAAGAGAAACAAGAAGAAAGAUAAAAGGACAGAUAAAAAGAGAAAUCAGGGAGAGGGGGAGAAAACGCCUCCGGUGCAACAGGAUCCAGGAGAACAACCUUCCGACGAUGAGGUCGUCAUGCCUCGUUCUGCGAAGCGACUUCGACGACGGGAGCCUUCUCUUGAGGUGGCGACCAUGGUGCCUCCAAUCUCAAUGCCCAACCCAACAACUUCACACGCGCACUCUCCUGCAGGCUCCCAAGAGGGCGCCAUAAAUAUCAGUGAUUCGGAGGAAGAAUUAAUACAGCCCCGCCGCAGGCUGAAGAGAAAAGCAGAAAUGUCACCAGUCGCACUCAGCGAUUCUGAAGAUUCAGAUGAGCUCGUUGUCUCAUCUCCUGUGAAGAGGCGCAAGCGAAAUUUGACUACUGAGACCCCUCAAACCCCGCAUUCCAGCGCCAAUCAAGAUCAAUUAGAUAUCGAAGAAGAUCUGAGAGAUCUUGAGGAUUCAGUGGUUAGAAAAACUAGGACUCGUGGACGGAUUGCUGAGUCCUCCAGAAAUAGGCGGUUACAACAUCUCGAGACCUUGCGGCGCAGGCGUGCAGGGUUGAAAGAAGAGAGCGAGAUUGAAUCGGAGUCCGAGGAUGACCAGCCGCAAACAAGUCCAAUUCCGCAAAGGUUCGACUUCUUCAAUACACACAACGAGAACGAAGAUAGUGAAGCCGAGUCUGAAAUCGGCGGCAACGAAGACCUCGACCGCUAUGAGGACGACUUUGUGCUGGAAGAUGAUACCGCUGAGCUCGGUGUUCCGAUUGAAGAAAUUCCUUUUGAAUUCACUCGACAUGCUUAUAAGCAGACAAAAGAGUAUUUCCGCGACGUCGUGGGCUGGAUGGUCCAUAAUUGUGUGGAUCCAGCCUUUCCCCGGUCAGAUGCUAUGUACCAGAUGGCGUUCAACAAAUUGGAGGAUGAAGUGAAAGGACGCGCAGGCUCGUCGCUGAUUUCAUCCGUAUGGAAUGCCAAAUUUUCUUGGACGCUCCUAGCUCGACCCCAUCUUGAACUCACAGCUUUCCCUACAGAGGUAGGGCAUUCAUGUGAUGCUUGCAACCGGUCUGGCCACCCUGCGUCGUCCGAUUUGAAAUUCUUUGGCAAACCAUACUCCCUAGAGACGUUGGAGCCUCUAUCUGAUGAAAGUGAUGACAGCGAUGAGAGAGACAGCAAUGACGAUGAAACCAAGCCGGAGCAAACGGAGAAUAAAAGGGAUAAGCCAGGUGUUGAUCGAGACAAGGACGGCCAUAUCCUGCCUCAUGAAGACACGCGCUUCUAUUUAGGACGGACUUGCAAAAGCAAUGCCUACAUGGCACAUACUCUGACCCACUGGCGCUACCAUCUCAACGAAUGGGUCGUGGACUACCUCAGACGCAAGGGCCACAUGGAAGACUCGGAAGUUUUGCGUCGCAACAAUCUCAGCCAGAAACGUAAGACUCGGAAUGCGAUAGAUAUCAUCGAACAGAUGGCUGCAGCAGGCGAAAUCGAGAAUCUCUAUCGUGAUUUCCAUAUACAUCUCAAAGCGGCGCGAGAGAAGACGUCCACCAUGGAAUAA